UGCCGGUUACGCCAGCCCCGCCGCCGCCCGCUCUGAUUCUGCGCAUAGGCAGCCCCCAAGCCUGUCAUUCUGCAAAAACACAGUUUACUCAACACACCACACACACUCGCGCACACACACACACGCGCGCACACACGCGCGCACCGGCCCCCGCGCGCACACGCACGGAGGGCGCGAGCGAGCAGACGCGCACACCCGGCGAGCCAAGUUCCGCAGCCUGGCAUGGCUUCUGGGGACCUUUACGAGGUUGAAAGGAUUGUAGACAAGAGGAAGAACAAGAAAGGGAAAUGGGAGUAUCUCAUCCGAUGGAAAGGCUAUGGGAGCACGGAGGACACGUGGGAGCCGGAGCACCACCUCCUACACUGUGAGGAGUUCAUCGACGAAUUCAACGGGCUGCACCUGUGCAAGGACAAGAGGGUCAAGGCGGGGAAGCAGCCGGGCACCGCCAAGCUCCUGCGUGACAGCCGCGGUGCCUCCGUGGAGAAGCUCCCACACAGGCCCGCCGAACCCGGAAAGAGCAAAGGGACUUCCCACAAACGGAAGCGCAUCAACCCUCCCCUGUCCAAGCCCAAGAAGGGGUAUUCGGGCAAGCCCCCUGGGGGAGGCGACAGGGCCGCCAAGACCGUGUCGUACAGGACUACCCCCAGCGGCCUGCAGAUCAUGCCCCUGAAGAAGGCUCAGAAUGGAGUGGAGAAUGGAGACGCCGGCUCUGAGAAGGACGAGAGGCCCUUUGGCAACGGCUCCCAUCAGCCCGGCUUGGAUUUGAGCGACCACAUCGGCGAGCAGGACGCGGGCGAGUGUGAUGGGAACCAUGCGGCGCUGGCAGAGAACGGGCUCGGCUCGGCUCUGACCAAUGGGGCGUUGAACCUGCACAGCCCGGUGAAGCGGAAGCUGGACUCGGAGAAGGACUACGUCUUUGACAAGAGGCUCAGGUACAGCGUCCGCCAGAAUGAAAGCAACUGCCGGUUUCGAGACAUCGUCGUGCGGAAGGAAGAGGGGUUCACGCACAUCCUGCUGUCCAGCCAGACCUCAGACAACAACGCGCUGACACCCGAGAUCAUGAAGGAGGUGCGGCGGGCGCUGUGCAACGCUGCCACGGACGACAGCAAGCUGCUGCUGCUCAGCGCCGUGGGCAGUGUGUUCUGCAGUGGCCUGGAUUACUCCUACCUGAUUGGCCGGCUGUCCAGCGACCGGCGGAAGGAGAGCACUCGCAUCGCGGAAGCCAUCAGGGACUUCGUGAAGGCCUUCAUCCAGUUCAAGAAGCCCAUCGUUGUGGCCAUCAACGGGCCAGCGCUGGGCCUAGGAGCCUCCAUCCUGCCCCUCUGUGACAUCGUGUGGGCCAGCGAGAAGGCCUGGUUCCAGACGCCCUAUGCCACCAUCCGCCUCACGCCCGCGGGCUGCUCCUCCUACACCUUCCCCCAGAUACUGGGCGUGGCUCUGGCCAACGAGAUGCUGUUCUGUGGGCGGAAGCUCACGGCGCAGGAGGCGUGCAGCAGAGGCCUGGUGUCGCAGGUCUUCUGGCCGACCACCUUCAGCCAGGAGGUGAUGCUGCGGGUCAAGGAGAUGGCAUCCUGCAGUGCUGUGGUGCUGGAGGAAUCCAAAUGCCUGGUGCGAAGCUUCCUGAAGCCGGUGCUUGAGGACGUGAACGAGAAGGAGUGCGUCAUGCUCAAGCAGCUGUGGAGCUCGCCCAAGGGCCUGGACUCGCUCUUCAGCUACCUGCAGGACAAAAUUUAUGAAGUCUGAAGAGCCCUGGCUCACCUGCCCCAGCUCUGCCCUGCGUCUCUGAACCCAGAGCCCAGCGUCUGCCUCAGCCAAGGAGCUUGUCAAGGUGUCUCUCUGUACCUAGGGUUGUGUCUGUGUCCUCAUGUCCUUUGGUUGUUCCGCAUUGGUUUGAUUUUGUGUCGCAGUGGGAAAUGCAGCAUACUCGGCCUCCCCCGUGUCCCCGCCCCCGCUGGCCAGAAAGCUCCCCAGGGCUGCAUCUGCCCAGGGCUCGGCCGGGUCCUGCUGUCCUCUACCCACUUGCUGAAAUGCACCCCCGUGGUCCGGGCAGGGGAAGGCCGCUUCCUCUCCUUCUGACUCAGGCUGUGUCUACACAGUGCCUCUGACUGGGAGAUGUGGCCGGCAGGGCGCUCUCCGGUUCAGUGCGGUUGGGCUACCAGGGGAGGAAGGUGGGGGAUUUCCAGACUGAUGAGCACAAUGAUGGUUUAGACCUGGCUUCAGUCUCCUCUCCGACGCAAAUCUGUGUGACUCUUAGGGCUUGGUCUUGAAACCCAAUUGAGUGAUUUACAAACCCAGAUAUUGUACAUUUAGAAAUGUUUUGUUAAAUAUAUAUUUUUAAAACAAUGUAAGUGGAAAUUCUGAUAAUUUAUGUGUAUUAUAUGUAAAGCUAGUUUUGCAAAAACAUGAACUACUAGGAAAAUGGUUUUUUUUUUUCCUUUAAUCAGACUUAUUUAUUUAUUUUUGUUUAUCUAUUAUGACCUCAGUUGUUCACGCAGAUCGUAUUUCCAUAGCGCCCUGGACCAAAUCCCAUACAAGGUACAUGCUGCUUGGUGCAUUCUAGCAAUGAACCAUACAGACAUGGAAUUCAGAGAGAUGAAAACAGAAGGAUUUCUGUGGAUAAAAGGCAUAGCUGUGCCUCAGAUCCUGGGCAUGUAAAACGCUUCUCAGCUGUAAUGCCGUAAAUACCAGUUCUUUAGGCUGGUGCUUAGGAGAAGCCGUGCAAAUGUUUUCUCUCUGCUGUCCUUAGGGAGAUAAAGGGCUGCCCAAGCCCAGCUGGUCCCUGUUUCAGGAAGGGGCGGGGAACCGGUCCCACCGGCCAGGGAAGGCACUGUGUCUAGAGAGAGACUUUUUUCUUUGGGGCCAAUGUCUGGAUUUCAGAGACUGUUUCUUCCACGUGGGCAAUGGUUCCCGGGUUGGGCCUUUAGGGAGGUGGGGAUGCUGUCUGUAGUAGGUCUGGUGUUUUUGCCCCCAGAAGCCAGAGGGCCCGUCCUUUUCUCUGGCUGUGUCCUCGUGCAGGAGCAGUCACCAGGGAGGUGGUCCCCUAGCCCCACCUGUGUGUGCAGACCCUCAGACUGAAGCCAGCAGGUCAGCUGCAGGGAGCAUGGGUGGGUUUUGGCUUUUUCUGAAGACAAAGAUGUAAACAUCAAGGUUAGAGCAGGGAAGUGGAAGGAUCACACUCUGCAUGGGGGCUUUGACCCGUUAGGGGUCAGGCACCCAGAGAAAGUCGGAUACUCAGGGUGCUGGGAUUCGAUCAUUCCCAUGGCACCCUGAGCACUCCCUUUGUUCACCUCUCCUCCUCUUUCCCUGCGAGUCGCCCCUCCCGCCCCCGUGUCUGUCUGUCUCUCAUCCUCUGUUCUCUCUACAGGUGAGCAGGUGUACUGGGAAGGACAGGAGUCAGGGACCUGUUUGUUGUGUUUCAAAGAACAGUUUGGGUAGAAGUAGGGAUGAGGUUCCCCAAAUGGCAAAUCUUGCGUUUCCUGAUCCUUCAGAUGGUUCCCCCUGCAGAGCGCCUCUCCCCUUCAGGAAGCCCACAGGGAACUCAUCAUCCGUCCGCCUCCAGCCUCUGCAUCCUGGCUGUGGGCAGCCGGCACAGAGCAUCCACUCGUUCCUGGUGGACGGUGGAAAUGGAAGGAGAUGUUUAGAAAUUCCUUUUGAUCAAUAUCCACCUUUGUUCCCUGCAGAAAGAACAGGAAUGUUGGAGCUCCGCGUGCGUCCUCAGAUCCACGUCCACACUUUGUAAGGCUCUCUGAUGACUAGAGUGGGAGCGUGAGAACAUUUCUAGGGAGGAAUUCGUUUGUAGGUUCUGGGUACGCAGGGGUGUUUUGCAAGACAGCCGGUUCAAUGAGGGAACUCUACCAGUUGGGCAAUACUUGGUGGAAUCUGUUUGCUACAGGGUGCGCUGAACCUCUGAGUUUCUCAUUUUCAGGAUAGUUGUUUUGACAGUGUGUCAGUAAAAUCCAGGUAAUUUAGAUUAAAUUGAUUUGGGAUUAGAUCAGGGUCUAUCCUAAUAGCCUUCUCAAGAUAGGGCUCCUUAGACUUUGUCUUCUCUGUCCCUGUGCUCUCGCUACACUCAUGGGACCCUUUUUCUCCAUCUCUUUAGCCUUCCUUGCUCCCCACCCCUCCCCUUCACCCUGGAUCUGCUCCUUCCUGAAGCCUGGUCAGGUCACCGAGGAGUCGUAGCUGGUCUUGGCAGCCCCAUCCCAGACUUGCCUUUGGGUUUGGAAUUCUGGAUAGCAGCCAGGGGUGGAA